AUGUCAGAAACAACACUUUUUUUAGUUUUUGCUACAUUUACACUCCUAUCGGCGUUGAUGGUUAUUAGGUCAAAAAACCCUGUUUACUCUGUUCUUUUUCUUAUUUUAGUUUUUUGCAACGCAGCGGGACUUUUGGUGCUUUUAGAUUUAGAUUUUUUUGCGGUUGUUUUUUUGGUCGUUUACGUAGGGGCGGUAGCUGUUCUUUUCCUCUUCGUAGUUAUGAUGUUAGAUAUUACAAUCAGUGAAGUAAAUGAAACCUUUUUACGUUAUUUACCUAUUGGGGCUUUCAUCGGCUGUAUCUUUCUGAUGGAAGUUUUUCUGAUGUUAGGGAGUGAAUUCACACCAGUAAAUAUGCUACCACAAGAUUUUUCCUUAUCAAAAGCAAAUACUUUUCAAAUGUAUUUACAAUUUUUUAUUUCUUCUGUGCCUGUUUUUUUGUCUACACUCUUUUUCAACCCUUGGUCGCUUUCACAGGUAAUCAAACAGUGGUGGGCUCAUUCAACGGAACUUCAAGAGCUUUUACAACAACUCAAUUCUCUAAAGAGUUCGGAGCAUUUUGUAGUACAAGAGUACACCCUUUGGCCCGAAACCAUUGAAAAUAUCACAACAAUUGAAGCUUUAGGUCAAGUUGUUUAUACCUAUUAUGCUUUUUUUUUCAUCGUGGCCAGUUUUAUUCUGUUAAUUGCAAUGAUUGGGGCAAUCCAAUUAACUUUGCAAAAAGAAACUCCUUCAAAAAAACAAGAAGCAUUCGAACAAAAUGCUCGAGAUUUUACUAAGACAGUGGUGAAAAUUACUCAUUAA